ACAGGAACUGUUUUACAUUUGAAAGUGUACAGUGUAAUAAAAUAAAAUAAACUGCCUUAUUAUUUAUACCACAACAGAGAUUUCUGCCGAUGAGAAAUGCGUUUAAACAAGUGCCAAGAUAUCGCUUUAGUUCAGGAAUGCGUAUUAGCUGACUGUAUAAACCUGACAAAUUAAACAUGUUUAACGUUAAACAAGCAGAUUAAUGUAUUUAGCACUAUUCCUUUAGUAUAUGCAAGCCAUACGUUUUCUUUUCAAAAGACGCGAUUGUUUAUGGGAUCUAUGCAUGGCAUGCAUAUCAGCAGACUCGGUUUCUAUGCGCUGAAUAUUUCCAUAUAUAGGCUUUGGCAUCGAAGGAUGAAAAGGCGUCUCUAAUCACAUCUGAAAAACAGCCGCUGACCCCAGAACAGGAGACAUGACAUCCCCCGAGCAGAUUAUAGAGAUCGUGAUGGAUGACAAAACGUACAAUGUGAGUAAAAGCAAACUGAUCGAGAAGAGCGAUUACUUCCGCGCGCUAUACAGCUCAGGUAUGCGCGAGUCCGGGGAGGAUUCGGUGCAGCUUCGGGGACUGAGCAUCCCGGGGCUCGAGUUGGUGCUUGAGUUCAUCAACACCUCCAAAGUUCAGGUGGCCAACGAGACUCUGGAGGACCUGAUCGAAACCGCAUCCUUUCUGCAAGUCACUUCCAUUUUAAAACUGCUCCUCUCGGAAAUUAGGCAGGAGAAUUGCGUCGAGCUCUACAAUCUCUCUGAAGUCUACGGGAUGCAUGAUCUUAGGAACGCUUGUUUGAAAUUCAUGAGCUGCUAUUAUCAUGUCAUGCUGCGCAGGCAGGAGUUCAAGAAGUUGCCAGCUGUUCUGCGGGAUCAGAUCCGAGAUAUGCGCAUGAAAGGUACGGCCACUUUAGUAGUAAUAGGCGAUUUCACUGACACCUGUCUGGAUCUGGCAAACCAGGACGAGCCGUGGUCCAUGUUGAGGUAUGACGAGCUUGAGCAACGCUGGAAACCUCUAGCCAACAACCUUCCUCCAGACAUGAUCAAUGUUAGAGGUUACGGAUCUGCUGUGCUGGACAACUACUUGUUUAUCGUUGGUGGAUAUAGAAUGACAAGUCAGGAGAUCUCGGUGGCCCACUGCUACAACCCCUCCAAGAAUGAGUGGAACAAUGUGGCACCUUUGAACCAGAAGAGAUCAAACUUCAAGCUCCUGGCCGUGAGUGGGAAGCUGUAUGCGGUUGGAGGUCAUUGUCUGGGGACGGUGGAGUGCUACAGUCCGGAGCAGGACUGGACGUGUGUGGCGUCACUGCCUGAACCUCUCGCCGAGUUCUCUGCCUGUGAGUGUCAGGGCAUGAUCUACGUCAUGGGCGGUUAUACCUCUAGAGAUAGGAACACCAGCGUGCUGCGCUACUGCCCCGUAUUGGACACGUGGUCCGUGUUCCAUUCCUGUUCGGCUCAUGUGCGCAAGCAGCAGAUGCUCUCAGUGGAGGACACCAUCUACCUAGUGGGUGGCUACACGCAUGAGCUAGAACCUGCAGAAAUGGGACGGCGGAGGUUAAGCCAUACGGAGGACAUGCUGACGGUACAGUCCUACAACGUGCGGACGGGAGAAUUGUUGCAACUUAAGGAGAACACGUCAAAGUCGGGUUUGAACCUCACCUGCACGCUGCACAACGAUGGCAUCUACAUCAUGAGCAGAGACGUCAGGCUUCCAACCAGCCUGGAGCACCGCGUCUUCCUCAAAUACAACAUUUUCUCAGAUGCCUGGGAGGCGUUCAGACGUUUCCCUGCUCUGGGACAGAACAUGCUGCUUUGCUCACUCUACCUGCCCAACGUCCUCUGAGGGGAUCUGGAGAAGACUGCCGACCGCCGGGACACACGGAUUCUAUUAUAGCGAGCCCAGACACUUCGGAAAGGACAAGGAUCGCCACACCAGUUUACUUGAUCAGAAUGAUCAGCCAGCACAAAGAACCUGCAGGAGAUAUUAAAGCGAUAGUUUAGGCAACAAUUUCAAUCUGGUUAUCAUUUCCUCACCCUCAUUUUGUUCCAAAAACAUUGAACCUUCUUGAUCGUUGAAAAAAAGUUUGUAAUGACACGAGGAAAUUAUAACAGAAUAUGUAUUUAUUUUUAUUUAGGUGAAAUAGUGCUUUAAAUGAUUACUUCUAAAUAAAGGUCAACAUUUUGAACAAAAUCGUUUAAAAAAAAAAGUACAGUAAAAAUAUAUUUAAUAUCUCCAUCAGAAGUUCUCUGAAAGUGCCCUUGAAGUCUUAAUAUAUUCCGUAAAUAAAUAUUUUUUCUUAUUUUGGCAAAAAGAGAGAACACUAUAAGAGUUGCACCGAACAUUUUCAGCUUGCACAGAAUCUACUAAUUUAAAUGCAUGUACAUGAUCUUAAUUAUAUAAAACUUGACAUAUACUACAAGUGGAGGCUUCACAUUCAAAGAGCCUGCAGAUUAAAUUAACCCUAAACUUGCACCAGCCAAUUAAAAAGCUAAACAUAAAGGGUAAUUCAGCCCCCGAAUGAGACAUCAAAGUAGUUCACCUCAGAAUAAAACAAUCCCAUUAUCAUUCACUCACCCUUAUUUCAUUCCAAACCUGUAUGAAUGCCUUAGUUUUUUUGGCUUUUUUUGGACCAUAAAGUGAAAGUAAUGGGGUCCAGUAUUGUUUUUGGAUCCAUCGACUUUCCUUAUAAGGUUAAAAACAGUAAAUAAUAAAAUAUUUAAUUACACUUAUUUUGUGUUUUGCAGAAGAAAUGGUGAGUACAUAUUCAUUUUUAGGUGAACUGAGCCCUUAAGAUCCAAAGUGCCAGACUAAAUGGUGAAUGUUUAAGACUGUCAGUGCCUGAAAAGUAGUUGAUUUUUGACUUAAUUACUCUUAAUUAUUUUAUUCCAAUGACUGUAUAUCUGGACAAGUGUCUUAAUAUGUGCUGCACAAAUGAAGCACAAAUACAUAAGCGCCUGACCUAAAUCGCUGUGAUGUAUUUUUGCAUUUGGUUGAGUGAGAUGACCUGAUGUUAACGUGAAAGAAAAGGAUAUUCUUUUGUUUUUUGUGUUUUUUUUUUUAAGUGAAGGACUUUAUACUUAUGCACAAUUUACUUUUGGUUUUGUAGCAUUUUGAUUAUUUUUCAUAUGUUGAGCCGAAAUGGAUGAUGGUUUUGUUGAACGUUCCCAAGUUGCCUUGCUAUGUAAAGGUUGUAACAAGUCAAAAAUAAAAUGUUCAGGUAAGCAAAUAAAAGGCUUUAUAUUG